AUGAAUAUAAGUAAUAUAUUAGAUAGCAAUGGUACACCUCCAAAUAAUGAUGUUGCGACAACAUCAUCAGACUUAUAUAUGAUCAAUCAAAUAACAAGACCAGAAGGUGUUGUAACAGGUGAAUCAAACUUAUUAGAACACUUUAACUUGUUGAAUAUAUUGAAUGACUUUAAAUCAAAGCAUUUAUCAUCAACUUAUAAAUCAUAUGUAAAGAAUCUACCGGGUGACACUUAUAUAAGACGAGAGAAACAUCAUCAUCAUCAUAGCGACAGACAAUCAACAUCCACUCCCAUCGGUCAUCAGAACGUCGGCACGCCCACAUCAGUGGCCACACCAACCGGUCCCAUCCUAUCACCACAACAACAACUACAGCAACAACAACAGCAACAACAACAAGAAGCACAACAGCGCAAGGACAAUGAGAAGAGACAGCAACAGAAUGUAGUGAAUGGAUUGGCAAAGCUGGUGGAGGGCAUCACAAACACAGGCAUCGCCUACGAGGACGACCAGCAAGAGUUGAUCCUGUUGUCGCUGUCGGAGCCACAGAUGAUGGCGGCAUUCACUCUGAUGGAUGGCGGAUAUGUACGACCAGAGAAAGAGAAGAGGAAGCAUCGUGACAAGAAUCGCGGCGACAAGAAGAAGCGCAAGAACAGAGAGGGUGGCGAUAUAGCCGAUGGAGUUGGAGGCGAUAGUGACAGACACAAGCGAAAGAAGAAGAGUAAACGAGAUGGCAGCGGGGAGAUGGACAUGCAACAUGUUGUGCUCGAGCACUAG